GGAGACAAGGAGGGGCAGGGGCAUCGCUGAUGGAAGCUGCUGAGGAGGCGAUGGCUCCAGCCCCUGCUUCUCUACCCGCAUUCCAGACCCGAAGUCUCCCUUUUGGGCUUGGUCCCCCUGCAGAGCUCCCCACCGGAGGCGCGCAGGGAUGGUUGCGAGUGCCACGUUCCCGCCGAGUGGCGCCCUGUGAGCACCGCAGACUGUGGCUCCAUCCGCACAAAGCUGCCCCUCCCGCCCCCUCCUCUGAGCACCUGCUGCUCGGUCAGCGGCUACCUCGACCCACCUGAGGGCGGAGCCCCUGCCAGGUCACCGCGCGCGGCUGAUACUGUUCAAGACUAGUCCGGAGGCGCCGCGGGUCUAUCCUCCAGUCACCUGGGCCCGAGGCCUUCCGCGGCCGCCCCUCAGCCGCUGCCCACCGCGCGUGGGAUGGGGUCUGCGCUCACGCUGGCGCAGCCCACCGGCUCGCAGGCUGCGCAGAGGUGGGGGCAGCGGACCCUGGCCCAGGCCAGACCCGGAGGCAGCAAGAGGCGGCUUCGCCCUGGGCGGGGGGGUUAGGGUCCUCCCUUGCCCAGGAAAGGUGGGCCGCGGGGCCUAGGCUCCCCUGGACGCUUCCCGGUGGUCCGCCGGGAACAGGCUGAUAGCGGGUGGGCUCUGUCCUAAAGGCCUCGCUGGAGAAGACCAUGAGGGACUGGUAAUUUCCAAAUUGCAAAGCCGGGUGGGGGUGACGAAGUUAACCAGACCGUUGCAGGAGCCCCGCCCCGCUCCCGGAGUCCCUCGGUGUUCGUCCUCCCUCCCGGAAGGUGGCGGGGCGCGGGGCUGGGGCGGGGGUCAGUGUCUCCGGAUCCUCAAACCACUCCGCGCUGGGAUCCCCCAGCAGCACGCAGUGAUUACGUGGUCCCCGCCCAUGGCUCGGGCACGUCCCCAGCCUAGGGAGGUCGAAGGAAACUUUGCCCUGCGCGGGCCAAGCGCAGCCUCCGCGCCCCGUCUCGGCUCGCGGUCCGUCCCCCCUCCUCCUCCCCUCCGGUCCUCGCCCUCCCUCCUGCUCCCUCCUCCUUUCCCUCCUCCCCCUCCUCCUCGCCGGCUGGAGGCGGGCAGGUCCGGGCGGGGCCGCGCCGCUGAGCCCACAGCCCCUCGCUCCUGGCCGGGCAGCCGCCGCCGCGCCAGGCAGGAGGAGCGGCCGAGCCAGGCCCGGCGGACGGAGCGGCCCGCGCGGCCCGGGGGACAUGAAGUUGGGCGCGCACGGAGCUCGGGGAGCCCCACGCAGGGGCGCGAGGUAGCCGGGAGCCGUCCGCAUGUAGAGCCGGCUCCGUGCGCCAUGGAGCUCGGGGGACCGGGGGCGCCGCCGCUGCCUCUGCCGCCGCCGCUGCUGCUGCUUCUGGGGGCCUGCCUUCUGCCCGUGAGCAGCCACGUGGAGACCCGGGCCCAAGCAGAGGAACGGCUGCUGAAGAAACUCUUCUUUGGAUACAACAAGUGGUCCCGGCCCGUGGCCAACAUCUCGGAUGUAGUUCUUGUCCACUUCGGCCUGUCCAUCGCACAGCUCAUUGACGUGGAUGAGAAGAACCAGAUGAUGACAACGAACGUGUGGGUAAAGCAGGAGUGGCAUGACUAUAAGCUGCGCUGGGACCCUGCCGACUAUGAGAACGUGACCUCCAUCCGCAUCCCCUCUGAGCUCAUCUGGAGGCCGGACAUCGUCCUGUACAACAACGCGGACGGGGACUUUGCUGUCACCCACCUGACCAAGGCCCACCUCUUCCACGACGGGCGGGUGCAAUGGGCGCCGCCCGCCAUCUACAAGAGCUCCUGCAGCAUCGACGUCACCUUCUUCCCCUUCGACCAGCAGAACUGCAAGAUGAAGUUCGGCUCCUGGUCGUACGACAAGGCCAAGAUCGACCUGGUGCAGACGGAGCAGAUGGUGGACCUGAAGGACUACUGGGAGAGCGGCGAGUGGGCCAUCGUCAACGCCGCCGGCACCUACAACACCAAGAAGUAUGACUGCUGUGCGGAGGUCUACGCGGACGUGACCUACUACUUCGUCAUCCGCCGCCUGCCGCUCUUCUACACGGUCAACCUCAUUAUCCCCUGCCUGCUCAUCUCCUGCCUCACCGUGCUCGUCUUCUACCUGCCGUCCGAGUGCGGUGAGAAGAUCACGCUCUGCAUCUCCGUGCUGCUCUCGCUCACCGUCUUCCUGCUGCUCAUCACCGAGAUCAUCCCGUCCACCUCGCUGGUCAUCCCGCUCAUCGGCGAGUACCUGCUCUUCACCAUGAUCUUCGUCACACUCUCCAUCGUCAUCACGGUCUUCGUGCUCAACGUGCACCACCGCUCCCCGCGCACGCACACCAUGCCCGCCUGGGUCCGCCGCAUUUUCCUGGACGUCGUGCCGCGCCUGCUCCUCAUGAAGCGGCCAUCCGUGGUCAAGGACAACUGCCGGCGGCUCAUUGAGUCCAUGCACAAGGCGGCCAGUGCCCCACGCUUCUGGCCGGAGCCCCAAGGGCAGGCCCACCUCGAAAGCAGGGGCCCCUCCCCCUCCCCGUCUUGUGGCCCAGACCAGCCAGUCAAGCCCCAGCCGGCCUGCCAGUCGCCCUCGGACCAGGUCCCCACUCUGCAGCCUUCAGAGGCUGGGACAGCUAGCCCCUGCCCUUCGCCUCGGCCCUGCCGCCCACCCACCAGCACCCAGGCCCCAGGGCUCAUCAAGGCCAGGUCCCUGAGCGUCCAGCACAUGUCCAGCCCCAACGAAGCAGCAGAGGGCGGCAUACGGUGCCGGUCUCGGAGCAUCCAGUACUGUGUUCCCCUAGAGGAUGCCGUCUCCCGGGGCGACCGCCUGGUGGACAGCUCCCCCAUCUCUGUGACAAAGGCCCCCUCAAAGACCCCCUCAGCCAAGCUCCUGCCCCCAGACCAGGCCUCCCCCUGCAAAUGCAAGUGCAGGAAGGAGCCGGCGGGGACCCCAAAAGCCACACUCAAGGCCCCCAGCACUAGAGUGCCGCCCCCGCCCCCACCCCUGUCGCCAGCCCUGAUGCGGGCGGUCGAGGGUGUCCAGUACAUCGCAGACCACCUGAAGGCAGAAGAUACGGACUUCUCGGUGAAGGAGGAUUGGAAGUAUGUGGCCAUGGUCAUCGACCGCAUCUUCCUCUGGGUGUUCGUCAUCGUCUGUCUGCUGGGGACUGCUGGCCUCUUCCUGCCGCCCUGGCUGGCCGGCAUGAUCUAGGGGCCAGAGGCCGGGCGUGGCCCAGGCAUCUGCAGGACACGGGCAGCGUCUGCGGACAGCUCACUGGGGCUGUGCCUGCCUCUCUGUGGGACUCCCUGAGGUGUGGUCCCCUGUGGGACGGUCUUGGAAGGAGCUGCCUCCGGGGGACCUGCCCCAGGUGGGAAAGGGCCUGCGAGGCAGUGUCACUGCUUGUCUUAUUAAAGCUUACCUGGAGCAUGGCAACACGACGGCCUUCUGCCCAGGACCUGCGUCUGACUGUCCUCGGCAAACGUCCCAGCAGCCCCGACUGUCCCUGGACCAUGACCGUGGCCCCCCUUGGCCCCCAGGCCCCAGGCACUGAGCCAGGCCUAGCUGCUUCCCACCCGGGUCCUGCUGGGUCCUGCUCUUUCCGACUCCAGAGACAAAUCAGCAAAUAUGCGAAUCUC